AAUGGCGCUGGUUCCAAGCCGAGCAACCCCCAAAAAAGGACGACGCCUGCGCACAUUCACGGGUCGAUUUGGGCACCAUUGUCAACUGUGGUGGCAACUCCGCGCGGAGUGGCCAACAACCGACCACGGAGAUUCCAACAAUUCCGAGCAGCAAUCGCAUUGAAAUGGGUGCCACGGCCUCGUGCAAGAAAACCUCCGGCAGUGGCUAUCCGGAGCACGAUGAUCCCAGCUACCGCAAGUGCCAGGAGCUCAAGAUGGAGCGCUGGAUCCAGAUGCACUACCAGAUCAAGCAGCGGGAACAGGCACUGGCCAUCGCCCAUCACCGGGAGCUCUUCUACUGGCUGAGCGGAUUCUAUCUGAGCGCUGUCUACGGCUGCGCCAGUUACUACCAGAGGGUCAAGAGGGUAUCCGCGCUGGCUCCGCUCCUGCCGCUCACCUUCGUGGUGGGUUACUACACGGACUGGGCCUACGGCAGCAAGAUGCACCGCAUCCAAGCGGAGGCCAACAUGAUCAUGGAGCACGAGCAGGAGCUGCUCCACUGGCCAGGAGGUCUGCCCACCGUGGCCGGAAUCGAUGAGGCCCGCGUGGAGACCGAAAUGGAGAAGAAAAUGCAUCCGCACCACAUGUAGAGGCAAAAGGCUGCCCCUCUCCCCGUUAGCCUGUAGGCGGGAUUGGGUUCUCGUGCUCAGGUCCUCGUUCAAAAAACACACUUAUACACACUCCACAAUAAAUAGGAUUCGACCCAGGAGACAGAAA